GCAGUCUUGCGCAGGCGCCGCCGGGGCCAAACGGACACGUCCGUCACGUGGACAGUAGCCGGCCAAUCCGGUUUGAAUCUCUUUUUUUUCCUCUCACCCCCCCUUCAGGAGCGGUUGUGCGAUCAGAUCGAUCUAAGAUGGCGACUGUGGAACCGGAAACCACCCCUACUCCUAAUCCCCCGCCUACAGAAGAAGAGAAAACAGAAUCUAAUCAGGAGGUUGCUAACCCAGAACACUAUAUUAAACAUCCUUUACAGAACAGAUGGGCACUCUGGUUUUUUAAAAAUGAUAAAAGCAAAACUUGGCAAGCAAACCUUCGGCUGAUCUCUAAGUUUGAUACUGUUGAAGACUUUUGGGCUCUGUACAACCACAUCCAGUUGUCUAGUAAUUUAAUGCCAGGCUGUGACUACUCACUUUUUAAGGAUGGUAUUGAGCCUAUGUGGGAAGAUGAGAAAAACAAACGAGGAGGACGAUGGCUAAUUACAUUGAACAAGCAGCAGAGACGAAGUGACCUGGAUCGCUUUUGGCUAGAGACACUGCUGUGCCUUAUUGGAGAAUCUUUUGAUGACUACAGUGAUGAUGUAUGUGGAGCUGUUGUUAAUGUUAGAACUAAAGGUGAUAAGAUAGCAAUAUGGACUACUGAAUGUGAAAACAGAGAGGCUGUUACACAUAUAGGGAGGGUAUACAAGGAAAGGUUAGGACUUCCUCCAAAGAUAGUGAUUGGUUAUCAGUCCCAUGCAGACACAGCUACUAAGAGCGGCUCCACCACUAAAAAUAGGUUUGUUGUUUAAGAAGACACCUUCUGAGUAUUCUCAUAGGAGACUGCGUCAAGCAAUCGAGAUUUGGGAGCUGAACCAAAGCCUCUUCAAAAGCAGAGUGGACUGCAUUUAAAUUUGAUUUCCAUCUAAAUGUUGCUAAGAUAGAAGUCUCAUUCGCCUUUGUCUUGUACUUCUGUGUUCAUGGGUUGUUUUUUUUUUUUUUUUUUUAAUUUUGGCUAGAGUGUCCACUAUCCCAAUCAAAGAAUUACAGUACACAUCAUCCCCAGAAUCCAUAAAUGUGUUCCUGGCCCACUCUGUAAUAGCUUAGUAGAAUUACCAUUACAAACACAUCUUACCCAUCCACAAUAUUCAAAAAAGAACUUGCAUUUCUAUACCUUACAGGAAAAAAAUUCUGUUUAUGUUCCAUUGUAUGCAGGAGCAUAUUUUGCUGGUUUGAAAGAGUAUGAAGCAUACAGUUUUCUAGCAAUUUUCUUUGUUUCCUUUUACAGCAUUGUCUUUGCUGUACUCUUGCUGAUGGCUGCUAGAUUUUAAUUUAUUUGUUUCCCUACUUGAUAACAUUAGUGAUUCUGAUUUCAGUUUUUCAUUUGUUUUGCUUUUGUUUUUUUCCUCAUGUAACAUUGGUGAAGGAUCCAGGAAUAUGACACAAAGGUGGAAUAAACAUUAAUUUUGUGCAUUCUUUGGUAAUAUUUUUGUUUUUUUUGUAACUACAAAGCUUUGCUACAAAUUUAUGCAUUUCAUUCAAAUCAGUGAUCUAUGUUUGUGUGAUUUCCUAAACAUAAUUGUGGAUUAUAAAAAAUGUAACAUCAUAAUUACAUUCCUAAUUAGAAUUAGUAUGUCUGUUUUUGUAUCUUUAUGCUGUAUUUUAACACUUUGUAUUACUUAGGUUUUUUUGCUUUGGUUAAAAAAUGGCUCAAGUAGAAAAGCGGUCCCAUUCAUAUUAAUAAGACAGUGUACAAAACUGUAAAUAAAAUGUGUACAGUGAAUUGUCUUUUAGACAACUAGAUUUGUCCUUUUAUUUCUCCAUCUCUAUAGAAGGAAUUUGUACCUCUUAUUGCCAGGCAGUCUCUAUUGUGUCUUCUUGUAGUGUCUUCCACGUGAACAGCAUAAGUUUGGAGCACUAGUUUGAUUAUUAUGUUUAUACAAAUUUUAAUAAAUUGAAUAGGUAGCACCAUAUAUAUGGAAUUAAAUUGAUGUGGCUAUCUUUGUUUUUUUAUACAGGAAGGCACAGUCCUUCGGUCUUAGGUAAAUAAUGUACUCUUAAUGUGGUAAAACUCCAGAGAGUUGUUAUCUUGGUGCGUUACCAUUUGAUUGGUAGGAAUGGUAGUUGUAAAACUUGGUUGCUGAAUUGAGAUAUUCUUUUGUAAGUGUCAACAUGAUAGCAUAGGGAAAGAAUUCAGGUAGUGGGGGCAUAUUCAUUAAGAAUUUUGUUAGUGUUACUGUCUAAAUAGAAUGGAAUAAAUAGGUAUGAAGACAUAUUUAUAUUGGUAAAUUGGUAUAGUAUGGUUUUAUGUAAAUUUGAAAACUUGAUCUACUCUUUGUAGGCAUUUGAAAGCACAUGUGAAAAACUCUGUACAUAAUAAUUGUGUGUUUCAGAUGAGAGAAAAUGAAAUAUGGCUAUUAUAGACAAAAGGGUAAGCUGGACUUAUAGAUAGAAUGAAAAUCAUUAGAUAAGAGGAAAAUUUGUCUUUAAAUGGUGAUUAUGAAUUAAUUUAAAGACUGAUACGUUUGACAAAAAUCCUAUAUAAAGUAAACAUGAAAUUAAUAGUAUUGAUUUCAUUGAAGAAUUUUAAAACCGUUUAAAGGGUGCCACAGGCUACCAUCUGAGUACUCAAUACCACAAACACCUCUUGUUCAGUAUUCUAGAAAUACUGAAUCUUUUGUGUUUAUAAUCUCAAUAGACUGUACCUGAUACCUGCUUUUUAAGCUUGGGUGGUUAGAUAAGGUGAUUUAUUGUCUGUUGAUAUGUGUAGUUGUGAGCACUACAAGAGCUGCUUGUAAGUGAUGGUGGUGGUGGUGGUGUGUUGGCAAUGGGUGGGAUUGGAGUAGUAUAUCUAUUAGAAAUCAGUGCUCUAUUUCCUUAAUUCUAAGAUGUAGUCCAUUUUAAGAAGCAUCGGCUUUCAGGAGUGGAGGGAGGAAUAAUUAAUUAAAUGCACACAUUUCUAAAUUUUUUUAAAAACCUGAUUUAUAAUAUGCAUUUGAUUAUUCUUAUUAUUACCAUUUUAGAAUCAUAAUCAGUUUUAUUUUAAGUCUUUUCCCAGUGGGUGGGGAGAAUGAUAAAUUACUGAGUCACUUUUGGCAGAUGCCACAUAAGUAUUACAGUGACUUGCAACUUUUCAUAACUUCAUUAGCAUCUUUUCUAAAUAUAAGAUUAGACUGUACAUGAUUUUCUAUCUUUUUUCUCCCUGUCCAGUAGGAGAUUAUAAAUAAAUAUAUUUUCAUAAUAGAGAAUUAAAAUCUUUUAAUAGAAGAAUUGUAAUUAAUUAUAGGGAUGUGACAUAUUUAACCAAUUUAAUUGUUAAUCCAGCUCUAGAGAAGGAUUUGAGACAUACUGUGUAAGAGUUAAAUAAUUACAAUACUUAUAUAGUACUUAUUAUGUGGCAGGCAGUGUUCCAAGCACUUUACAUGCACUUUAACUUGCACAAUUAUCCUUUGAUGUAGGUGCUAUUAUCCCCAUUUUAUAGAUGAAACAGAAGCAGUGAGGAUGUAAGUCACUUUACAGCUUGUAAGUUGCAAAAUGGAUUUGGUUCCAGAGACCCUAUAAAUCACAUUAUACUCUCUCAAUAGUGUAGAGCCUAUCUUACAGGCUAUAGUAAAUCACACCAGAUUGUAGUCAUUUUAUAGGCCAGGCAUUUUAUUUUCAUUUUACUUCCUUUGGUAAUGGAACUUAAAAUAGGCCCCCUAGGCUCACCCUGUUAGCAAUCAACUAAAUUAAUCAUUUGGGGAGUUUUGAGAACAUGGAAACAAAGAUAACAGGAGUUUACAGAUACAUGAGUUACAUAGUUAAUAUAAGUCAAGCAGAUAUUUUCAUAUACAACUUUUAAGUGUCUAUAUCCUGUUAUCUUCUAAAAUAAAUGGUAAAAUAAAGCAAAAUUAUCAAGUUGAUAGGAGUCAACAUUCUUAAAUGCUGUAGCUUGCAUUUAAAAGGAUAAUUUUAAUUUUCUAAGGUAGUAUGAUAAUGCAAUGUUUUACAUUUUAAAAUUAAAACGAGUUAAUGUCAAGUCUCUAUGCUACUUUUUAUCUCUCAUUGUUAGGGGUUGUCUUCAUUAUUUAGUGGGGGUCGGGGGAACAACUAAAUUCUCUCACUCAGAGUCAGACUCUAGACGAAUGCAAGCUUUUAGGUCAGAUUGACAUUAGAAAACAAAAUACUAGGUCAUUGUUAUCUCUGUGGACCAGUGUAGAAAUUGAGAAUGUCUACAUUCUAUAGCAGUUUGAUAUUACUGUAACAUUAAAGUAUAUGAUCAGUAAUUUUUCUAGUAAUUUUUGAAAAUAUAUUUUACAAAAGUAUGUUUUUUGACAGAGUGCAAUUUAAGGGUUAAAACUGGUCCUUCACAUAUAAUUUGAGAAACACUACUCUUAGGUAGCUUUCCUCAGGAGCCAAGACCAGCUCAUUUGCCCAUCCUUCCCUGAAACAACUAGGUUUAUUAUUUCUCUAUGCCUCAUCUUCUCACAACUAUUGGACUUGAUGUCAAAAUUUCAGUCCUAAACUGUAACAUCUUUAAUACUGUGUGGUAUCCUGCUUACUAUGAAUUCCAAAGUAGACAUCAGGCAGCCUUCCUAGUACUUUGAGUAGUUUAGACUUUAAUGUUGCUGUUAGUAUUCCAUUGCUAGAAGCCAGAAAUGAAAUUGCAGUCAUGCGGUCACAUGUGGUACUAUGGUUUUUUUUAAUUCAGAGGAACAAAUUUUCACUUUAUUUUUUAAAUUUUAUUAUUUGACAGAGCGAGAGAGGGAACACAAGCAGGGGGAGGGGGAGAGGGAGAAGCAGGCUUCCCGCCGAGCAGGGAGCCCUAUGCGGGGCUCGAUCCCAGGACCCCGGGAUCAUGACCUGAGCCGGAGGCAGAUGCUUAACGACUGAGCCACCUAGGUGCCCCCAAUUUUCACCUUUUAAUCUUGUCCCAUUUUCUUUUAAUUCAGAACUUGUAAUGCCUCAUAGUUUUUCACAGAGGUUCUGUUCCUACCUUUCAUACCCCCCCAAAAAUAUGUAUUGAAUACUUCUAUUUGUUAUAUUCUAGGUAAUGGGCAUACAGCAGAAAAUAGAAUGAACAGAAUAAAAAGCUCCUGCUGUAAACUUUUAAAAGCAGACAUGUCUUAAAAAUCCAUAAAAUUCUACAGGUUUUGUUAUUGAAAUAGAACUCCUUGCGUCUCUAUUACUGGGAAUUAAUCUGAAGGUACAUAUAAAAUGAGACUGUUUAACAUUGAAUGAACAGA